AUGUCGCGCUCGCCAACCCCCCAACCUGCGAAAACCGGCGCCACAGUCGACCGGCAAUCCACCACGCCCUUCCUUUUGAACUUCUGCUACCGGUCCUCGGCCUUCCACAGCCUGACCGACUUCCCCAUCCCGACGCCCUCGAACCCGCACCCGCACUUACCUGCGCAUCUGCAAAUCUACACGUGGAUGAGCUGUACGUUGAGAGAACUCGCGCUAUUGUUGACGCAGGCGCUGCCGCAGAUCUUACCUGACCCUGCUGUCGGGACAAGGCUGAGUUUUAGAUUGGUAUACCCGGACGUCCACGCCAGUCGGGGCGGUGGAGGGAGACUAGAGAGUGAGGGGAGAGGGAGAUACUUGAGCAAAGAGAUAGGGAGUGUCGUUGUCUCGGCGCCGGAAUACUCCAAUGGCGCCAGCGGUGGUGUCCAGCUCGAAGGAGACGACGCGGGCAAGACGCUGGAAGAUGCACGGUUCGUCAUAGGAGACUUCAUCGAUUGUGCCGUCUUUCCUCCACUGAGCGACGGCACCGUGGUAUCUCGAGGAAGUGUCAGCGGCAGGGGAGGUUCCAGAGAAAAUGGCUAUGGGAGAGUACGGGGAGGCGGAUACGGUCUGGGCAGCAGCAGGGGAAGCUUCAAUAACGGCUAUGGCGGGUCAAGAGGUGACUUUGGCGGCUCGGGAGGCAGUAUACCAAGCGGUGAGUGGAGGCGAGGCGAGAGGCUUCCUGACUCUGGUGGCUACCGAGGUGGAAGAGGUGCUAGGAGAGGCUAUUGA